CUCCUCUUGCUUUUCUGUUCCCCGUCUUCUGAAACACGAACCGUUCCUCCUGUCAUUUGGAGCUGUUGGGGAGGAGAGCCGUCGAACAAAGAUCCCAUCUGCCGCAGCUUUCCUGAGAGGCUUUUUUUAAAAAAAGAAACACCUGGAGCUACUGGAUUGCUUUCUUUCGACAAGAGCUUGCCGCUAACUAGACUCGGGAUACUUUUCUUCUCCCUCCCAAGUGGGAAAGGACGUUGCUCCGUGUUUCUUUGCGUUCCCUUAACGUUAUUUCGGUCUUCGCUGCAUAAGAUGCUCAAAACAAAACGGCAGCCCUGCAUCAUAACAUCCUUGGAGAUCUGCCAUUUAAAUAAUUAAGGUGUCAGUUGAUCGGGGGGUUGCUGCUUUUGUUAUCUCUUCAUGGGAGCAAGAAAGGGAAAAUGAGAAGCAUAUAUCAAGAUGUGUGAAUUAUGUCCGUUUCUAGACACUACAUACCAAACUAGAGAAGAGGACACAUUUGUAUAGCUUUUUUGGUUCUGUACUUAGUUAAGUAACAUUGAUAUGCAAUGUGAGUUCUCUUAAGGUUCUACUGUUUAGAGGUCCUCGUCGUCUGUUCCCCCCCAAAAAGAAGGGGAUAAAUAAUUCUAUUUCAAUCACCAGUUUAGUUGCAGUUUGGGAAAGAAAACUUAAUGUGCAAAACAGUCCUGCACAACAAUAUAAGUAAAGCUGACUAAGAAGAUGCUAAUGUUUGACCCUGUCCCCAUCAAACAAGAAGCAAUGGAACCCGUUCCAGUGUCGUUCAGCUCCAGUUACAUGGACCAAAUGAACCACAACAAGUACAGUGUCAUUUAUUCGACGCCAAACAUGGUGCCCAGUAAAAUCUACCAGAUUUCGGAAGGGUUUUGUAACGGAGUGCAAGUUGAGCCUGUCGACCUCACAGUGAAGCGGAGCUCGCCUCCUUCGUCAGGAAGUUCUCCUUCUCCUUCGCCCCUGAAAUUCCAGCCCAGGAGAGGCUCGCCUGGAUUAAACCUGCCCUCACCCAGCCCACCAAUGAAGAAACUGCAGCCUUUCACGAUGCCAUUAACUAUUCCUCCGGUAAUGGCAGCUCUUUCUCGCCAUGGACUUCGAAGCCCUGGGAUGCUUCCAGUUAUACAGCCCGUCGUGGUGCAGCCUGUCCCUUUUAUGUAUGCUCCUCCCCUUCAGCAUCCUAUUAUGGUGUCCACGGUCCUUUCAGAAGAGUUGGAAAACCCAAGUAGCAUGCCAGUGUCUGUUAUAGAAUCUUAUGAGAAGCAAGCCCUAAGGAAAUCGAUUAAGGUGGAACCAGGCAUGGAAUCUCCGAGGAAUGACUACUAUCCUGAACAAAUGUCCCCUCCGCUGAUGACCUCAUUGUCGCCUCCUCAAGCAAUGCUUCAAGAGAAUCACCCUUCAGUUAUCGUUCAGCCUGGCAAGAGGCCUUUACCUGUGGAAUCUCCAGACACGCAAAGGAAGCGCAGAAUACACCGAUGUGACUACGAAGGCUGCAACAAGGUUUACACUAAAAGCUCCCACCUGAAAGCUCACAGAAGAACACAUACAGGUGAAAAGCCUUACAAAUGUACUUGGGAAGGUUGCACAUGGAAGUUUGCUCGAUCUGAUGAACUAACACGGCAUUUCCGGAAGCAUACAGGAGUCAAACCUUUCCAGUGCCCAGACUGCGACCGUAGCUUUUCCCGCUCCGACCAUCUUGCCCUUCAUAGGAAGCGCCACAUGCUAGUCUGAAACACUCUUCCUUCGUCUCUCUUCAUUCUUUUCAUUUUUAACCUGUGCAUUUUAAGUUGGAUUCAGCGGGCCUGAAUCUCUGGAUUAAUAGCCUUGAAACCUUCCCUAUGGUCAGUAAGAGAUGUUUGCUUGACCCUUCUUUGCCCAUGCCACGGGUCAGACCUACAGAAUGUGAACAUUUUUUUUUCCUCCUGGGGGUUGCUAAGCAAACCCUUGCUUGCCAGCAUGCAGAUUAAAUUUCCGUGAGACUUAAGAGAUCUUGUAAUCGAGCUGGCUAGUUUUGCCAUUUAAUUAACCAGCAUAUGUUGAUCAUAGUCACUGUUGUUGGAAAUCCAGCCUGCUAGUCCUUGCCAGAGACUCUGUACCCUGUAAAGGAUGCGUGUCUCCUUUUUAUGCUCAGCAAUGCAACGAAUGGAUCCUUUUCCAAUGUGGUUGGUUGUAGAAGCAUGUUCCACAAGACACUUUUUGGAUGUGUUUAAAAAAAAAAAAAGAAUCCUCAAACUGGGAGUGAAUGGAACAAUUUUUGACUGAUGAGUGGCUGUUUAUCAGCAGAAAUGUUGUCAAUGCAUCAUGUUGUACAUCCUGACCGACAUUGCCUCUCUUUUGUCCGUUGUGUAGAAUGCUAGCUUGUGUUUGCCUGGAUAAUAGUGCCUCGGUAGAUUCAUUAAGCAAAGACCUUCUUGUAGUGUAGUUAUCUGUGUUUUGUGUCCAGCUGUAUGAAUGGAACACACAUGGUACUCGUAUGAUGUGGCAUUCGAUGAUACAUGCAAUAAUCUACCUCACUGAGGAGGUGUGGUAGGUAUAUUAUUUUCUCAUCACUCCUCUGCAUUUCCUGUUGUCUACAAAAGGCCUCUGGUCCUUUCCCUGGCACAGUUUAGAAGCAGCAACCUUUUCGGCAAAAUGAACCUGAACUGCUGGAAGGCACCACCAUAUUCAUAAGAUAAGUGAGGAAGACAACCUCUGAAUUUAAGCACUUCUGUAGAUCUCAAAAUCUGAGUAUCGCAAAUGGAAAAGGUACACUUUGAUCUCUCGUUGCCAUGUUCCACAGAAGAGCUUCGUAAGUCCCUCAAGUGAUUUGUCAUGCUAGGAGUGGUAAAAUACACAACCAAAAAAUAGUUAUUUAAAAAUCCAGCAUGGUUGAUACUAUUCCAUAUCCUCUAGAGAUUUCGUGGAAAGAUUUGAAGGAAAGAAAAAUUACUCUUUUCACCAGUGUGCCUACGAGCUCCUGUUAGAAUUAUGGGUCAUUUGGCUUUCAUAUUUUUAAAAAUGGAGAUAGGUAGAUAGAUAUAUUGAGGCCAUCAGCAAUAAGGGGAAUGAACAACAGAGGAAAGGAACUCAUAAUGUGCUAGGAAACACUUUAUCGAAAUCAACUGUUGUAAUCAAAUGCAUUUUGAGUUAACCACCCCUUCAGGGGCAACCUGUUUCAUUCAACACUGUCAAAGUAGUAGUGUGCUUCUACUGUUUCAUAAACUGUGUUGGGCUUCCAUAGUUCAUUUCUAUAAACUAUUUUCUAGCACUUUUUGUAGUCCUGUCUCCUCUUUUCUUCCACAGAAAAAUAAAGUACAGCUGGGUGCUUACUUAGCUUGGUGACUCUCUCCCACUGAAACCGGAUGUAGCAAAGUAACUGUGGCUGGAUCAUGGCCAUCAUUUUUUGUCUCAUGCACUCUGUAUCUGCACACCUGUUCUAGAUAGGCCUUGUACAUUUUUUCUCAGAUUCAAUUUGGUUUGUAAAUCCCAGGUAACUUCAGAUUAAGGCUGCAAUCAUUUACACACUCAUGGCAGAAAGCAACACUGGCAAGCAAUGGGACUACUUUAAAAUUAAAAUUAAAUGUUAUAUUAAAAAGUAUAAAUUUAUAGCAAUAAAGAUUCAAACACUGAAAAAGAGCAAUAACAGUGAUAAACAGUCUCCCCCACCCUGCCCCUUCUACUCAUCAUGGUCCCUUCCAUCUAAAUUUCGUGCAGGAUUCCAUAAUUUCGUGCAGGAUUCCAUAACUAAUAGGCAAAAAAUCAUGUGUAGAUCGUCAAUUCAGUAACUUCAUUAACUAAGGAUCUUAAUAUAUUUUGAAAUACAUUUUUGAUUUAUUCAUUUAUAUAAGUUUAAAAAGAGGUACAUAGAGGGACUUAAUUUUCUGAGUAUAGGAUUGUGCUGUGACAUUUUCUUCCCUUCAAGAAAGCAUGCACUUCCCCACUCCUGAAAGGAAAACGUUCACAGACUAUGUCAGAAGGCUGAUACGGAAGAGUUGCCGCUUAAUUAAUUGCAAGGAAGUUGAGGCAGGCUGUUGAGAACAGUAUCUUUGUCGAAUGCAAUAAUAAAACAUUCUGCAGAGUGACAGGUGCAGAAUUCAGCUUGUGAGUUGCUAUUGUGAAAAGAGAAGAAUAAAGGUAAAUUUGGGAGGGAAGAGAUAAAGAAAUGCUUUCUACAGUUCUUUAAACUUUAAAGCCAAACCCAGAAGUAUUUGAAACUUCACCUAGUUGGAUAUAUAGGUGCUUCAUAUAAACUUAAUCUCUCUUUCUCUAGAAAUUAAACUGACAGAGCAAGGGAACUGUUGCAUUGUUCAGUGUAAUCAGUCAUGUGUGUAUGGUGGCUAUUUCACAAUCAAACCUUGCAAGAAUUAGGAAUGUUUAAGACCAGCCUGGAAAUCCAAAGAACAAUCCAGUUAAAAGUGUGGCACACUUUUUGCUUUGCUAAUAGCUAGUUUAAACCAGGAAUAAUUGUACUGAAGCAUCUGCAACCCAUUCCAUCAAAAUAUAAAUGGAGCAAGAAAAAACCUCUCUAGUGUUGCCAAGCAAAUCUGGGAAACACAUUACUUUCUGUUGUGUUGACACACUUAAACUACUCUGUUGCUAACAUGGAAAAACACUGAACGUGGAAACUUGAUGAGAUUUCUAAGUGUCAGCAAAACAGGAGUGGGAACUGUGGAGGAGAGAGUGCCAUACUUGGAAUAGAAAUUUAAUUCUUUUGGAUCCCUCCAAAAAUAAGAUACCUUUUUUCCCUUCUACAUCAAAACGUAACAGAUACAAAUUACCAGCAUAUGAAAAUUGGUAAACUGUGUCUAAGCAUGGCUGAAAUUGCUUUUUUCCAUUUAGGAUGUUUAGCAGUGCUUGGCUUAAAGUGCCUUUGAUUUCAAUUCCAUACUCGGAAAGCUACUACUUUCCGAGCUCAUCAGAUUUGUCGUUCAGAUAUGUCUUCAAAGACUCAUUCAUUUGUGGUGCUGCUACAUGUUAUCUUUUAUUUUUUUAAAAAUACUUUCUGCUAUAUUAAUUAUUCUCACAAUCCAUCUGAAGUUGUUUCAAGUGUGUAGCAACAUUUGAGUUUAUCCUAUAAAAUGCCAGGAGGAAACUUGCCCUUGUUUUUAAGAAAAAGUUUCUGGAAUGCUCUGUGUAUCAAAUACAUGGGCUUAAAAAAAAAUUGCAGCAGGGUGAGCAGAAAAUGACCUGCAAUACAAAAUGGAAAUGCCCCCUUUAAGAUGGUUUAUUAAUGCCACAUAAAAAAAUUAUGUGGCUAGUUAACUUCAGGCAAACACAGUUACAAAAUUCGACAUUUUAUCUGCAUGCUUCUGUAUAUAAUUCUGGGAUUCAGAGCAAACAGUAUGGCCAAAGGCUUGUUUAGGUGUGAUGAGAUUUUUAUCUUUUCUGCACCUUGGAUUAUUGCUAGUUGUAGUCUAAAUCUAAAUAUUCCAGCUCAAACACUCUUUGUUUAUAGGUCCCCUCCGCUUCAAAAAUGUUUUUCUGUGUAGUGGGAAAUUGGAAAACACUGAUGUUUAGGAAAUAGGAUUCAGAAAGCAAAUGGAACUGGUUGCAUAUUUGCAAUCAGGACUUCAGGCUCUGCGUUGGAUACAAAGGUUCUCUUCUGCUGGAGUCUUCCUCCAGCAGAGGAAGGGAACUUUGGAUCUAAUCCUAUAUUUGCAUAUUACUAGGGAGAUAAGAUGCAGCCCUAAAAGCCCUUACACUGGAGUAGCUCUGUUGAAAUCGGGAGAUAAGAAUCCAUGCUCUGAUACGACAGUCAAAGUCUAGUCUCCCACCGGCUUGGAGGUAGCAGCAUUGCCCACUUUAAUUCUGUGGUUCUUAUGCAGGGGAGCAGGCCUUUUUUUACUAAGUGUAGACCAUUUUAGCCAUGCAAACUUCCUCAUCUCUAAUCCAGAUUGUAACACGUGUCUUGAGUGUGCCAGGAAAAUGAAGGCAACCAUUGGCCAGAGAGUCAAUUCCAAUUCCACUCCCCCAAAAUACGGCUUUGGGGACACUGCAUUUUCCCCAUAUAACUUCCUGCUACUACUUGUCCUCCACUAUUGCAAGUGGAGGUCGGCUUUUGCCUACUGGGGGUGGGGGACAUGUAAUUGCAAGAGAAGAGGCUCAAGGAAUUUUGAAAAGCAAGUGGUUAGCAAAUGAGGAAGAUUCACUUGUGUUUGGGGAAGGAGUACGCAGUCCAAAUAAUUAAAAGUUACUUUUCUAAACAAACCAUGUGCACUAGUAGUAUUCCACUGUACAGAAUGCAACUUUCAGGAUACUGUUGAUCAUGUUUUCAGUUAAAUAGCAUUAUGGGUUGUUCCAAGAGGGAUUGUUCAGAGCGAAGCUGGUAUUUCUAUAAUGUGGUUUUAAUUGCACACUGUAGUUUCAGUUUAAACACACAACACAAAAACCUUCUAAUUGCAGGAUCUUCUUUGUGUUCUGUUCAAACUUAGCAAGGUGUAGAUGAAUGCAAAUCCUUUCCUUUUAAACAGAAUUUGCAAAAGUAUUUUAUACAUAUUAUUUGAAAAGGGCUAUAAUAAUUCCCAUUACAUUUUACAAAUAUUAGCACUUUCUUGAUAUUUAUGUAUUUUAAAUGUUAUACGGUCAAAAUAAUCUUCCUGCUUAGCAUCUCUUAAAAUUUACCUGCAAAUGUAGCAGGUUUAUUACAUUUACUUUAAUACUUGUAUAAAAAUAUGCAGAAUUUUUUAAAAAAUAAAAUGUAAUAUAUUUUAUAAGCUAAUAAUAAUCGGGUAAUUAAAGGUUUCUAGCAUGCAUUCCUAUCAUUUGCAGAUACUGAAGCAUUUUGGUAAUCUUUCUCACUAAAUAUGUGAAUGUUUUAAUGUAACUUCACUUUCUAUUUUUGGUAGUCCAAUGGGAAUUCAGUAAUGACAUUUUGUCAUGUCAAACUGUGAACAUAAUUUGUACUGUACAGUCCUCAUAUGUUAUAUAUAGUAUACUAUAUGUAUUAUACUUGUUAAUAAAACAAGACAAAUAUUAAAUGUCAA